GACUCAUGAAAGAGAAUAGCUAAAGAUCAAGCUUUAAGCAGACCGUACCACUGAGUGCUUGGUCUUCACAAGUCCACAUUCACUCACCCUCUAGAUCUGCUUCUCUUUUGCUGCUGCGCGAACUUGACGAUGGAGCCGGAAAUCGUCGGGCUCAGGUUCAACCCGACUCCUGUACAGCUCGUUAAUUACCACUUGAAGAGGAAGCUUCAGAUGAUCAAUGAUGAGGACUGGUGCCUGAUUCCGGAAGUGAAUAUCUAUGAAUAUGAUCCAGGGGACUUAGGUGCUGUGUACAAUGAAAAAUCCUGCAAAAGAUCCACUAGCUCGGACAGUUUCUUCUUCUGUCCUCAGAAACGCAGGAACACUAAUUCCGGCAAUCCCAGGAAGUGCAGUUAUUUGAGGAAGGCCGGCAAAGGAUACUGGAAAGAGACCAGCACGAAACAGAGCAUAAAGGACGAGGAGACCGGGGAGACUAUAGGGACGAAAAGGAUCUACUCCUUUUACUAUGGAAACCAGAAUGAUCAUCGCAAGACUGAAUGGGCCUUGCACGAAUACCACCUAAAUGCAGCAGUUGCAGACAACACCAUCCCAGACCCGACGGCGUUUGUCCUCUGUCACAUAAAGAAGAAGAAGUCGCGCCAGCAGGCCAACUCUAAGAAUCAGCAAACCCUGUCGAGUGAUUCUCCUCGCGGUGAAGCUGAAGCUGAUGCAAGUGCUAGCACUGUUACUCCUGAUAUUUCUGAAGAGAUUGCAGAGGGAUCGGCAUUAGUCAUGGAAGGACCACAGUGGACGGUGGCAGAGCAAUCACCAAUCAUCAGCAGGGCUCCCAGCGGCGAACACGAUCACACAUACGAAUUCUCCUAUGACCCAAUUAAUUGUUUUAUGUACGGUCAUCUCGAAAAUCACCUCGGAGGACAAGAAAUAUUCCCAGAGGCUGCUUUUCAUGGAAAAGAAACCAUGGAAUCAGGAACUGUUCAAACGGUGAUGCGGAUCACUGACUGGCAAGAUGAUACAAUGAGAGGAGCAUGUGACAGCAGAGAAGGGAACUUUGCAUCUGGCAAUUCCGAUGAUGAUGAUUUUAAUCCUGAUGUUUUCGUGAAUUUCUGUGGUUGGAACUGAUACAGACGACGAUCAAUAUCAGACGCUCUUUAGGUUCUAGUGAAGCUCGCUCCUGUCAAAUCUGGUGAUAGAUGGGAGAGAGUGAUCAUAUCGUGUGAUUUUCGUAUGCUCUGAUCCAUCGGAUUACCAGUCGCUUGUUUAAUUAGUGUGUGGUGUGAUGAACUUUCGUUUCGAACAAGCUGUAUAUGUUUAUUAUGUAUUGAGCAUGUCCAGUUAAAUAAACGAUAGUCAUAUAUGUUUAUUGUGUA